UGAAGCAAAAAAAAUCAAACACAAUAGACGGAAGAAUUCUCCUAUUUUUCCCACCAGCAAGAUGGAAGAGGAUGAAUUCAGUGAUCUUAUAGGUCUUGACCAAAACUUCCCUUCAACAGUAUCUUUGGUAAACGAAAGUGGUGGACACUACGGGAGAACAUCUCAACUGACACCAGAAGCCCAAACUUUUCUGAUAGUUCUUUACAGUUUAACAACAUUCGCUUCAGUGUUCGGUAAUAUACUAUCAAUAAUAGUCUUCGCCAAAGGCAAGAAAUGUAAAACGGACAUUAAACCUUUUCUUCUCAAUUUGGCCGUUGCUGAUCUUAUCAUGGGAAUAUUCUGUAUUCCAUUCACCUUAGUAAUGUUGCUUAUACACAAAUGGAUUUUUUCCCCGGUCAUGUGUACCUUGGUUUCAUUCCUUCAGUUAUUUUCGGCAACCAUGAGUGUUUCCACGAAUAUGGCGAUUGGUGUCGAUCGACUUAUCGCUGUUUUGUUCCCGCUUAAAAUUCGCAUAACGUCGUCUCGAUCCAGCUGCAUGAUCGCCCUGAUCUGGUUGUUCUCGGUGGCAAUAGCUUCCGUACAGUUAUUUGUGGCCAGAGUUGACACCACUUACUACGAAGGAGACAUCAUUAUGGAAUGCAAUGAACAAUGGGACAAACAAUCCUAUCGUUUGAUUUACACAUGGGUAGUCAGCGUUUUUCUUUGCUUCAUUCCUCUUACUAUUUUAACGGUAACUUACUCAAUACUUGCUAAUGUCUUGUGGAAGAGGAGAGCACCAGGAAAUGCAGACAAGAGCAGGGACCAGCUGGCCAUAAGAGCAAAAAUAAAGGUUGUCAAAAUGCUAGUUACCAUUGUAGUCCUGUUCGGUAUAUGCUGGUUACCUAUCCAUAUAUAUACACUGUUCAUCGACUACCAUCCUGAACUGUUUGGUUCGCCCACCUUCGACGUAAUGUUGGUGUUCAUUGUUGUGCACUGGCUCGCCAUGGCACACAGUUUUAUGAACCCUAUCAUCUACGGAUUCAUGAAUGAUAACUUCAGAGACGAUUUAAUAGAACUCGUGAAGAAAUCACGAAUAUUUUCGUCCGAGACAUCAACAGAAACAUCAAAGGAUUCAACAACAGUGAAGAAAAACAAUUUCAGAGAAUUCAGGAUGAGGAAAUUAUUCCUCGGACUUCGAGAUAAAAUGUUCGUCCUGGCGGAUCGCAAUGGAAGCGGAGUUCCACAGGAAAGACAGGUCUCAAGCGUUCCGGGGACAGAAGUGGUUUCGUGGGAAGCUUAACGAGUGACAGGAGAAACAUUCUGCAUCUCCUUCCUAAAACCGUUAAGACAUGCACACAGACACAGACACAGACACACAGACACACACACAGAGACACACACACACACACAUACACACACACACAAAUGUAAAUAUAUGUACGUGUGCCUAUGUGUAUACAGAUAAAUUCACAUCAUUAUCAACACACCCUUACUGAGUUUUUGCAUAUAUUUAUCUAUACACACACAUACAUAGAUACGUAAAAAUAUAUGAGGUAUGAAUAAACACUUAUAUAUAUAUAUGU